CCAAGAACAGAAUAACCUUGGGCAUCACUCUUAGAAAAGACUUGUGCAUCAAGUUUGGAAAAGACGAGCACCAAAACUAGUACCAAGGGAAACAAGUUCUAUAUAUAUGUACAGCAACAAGUUCAUGCCACUUUUGAACUGAACAGAAAGAUAGAACAAGUAUAUGGCUGAGGAACACAAGGUGAAGCUGCAUGGUGCUUGGACUAGCCCUUAUACUAAGAGGGUGGAACUAGCCCUCAAACUUAAGGGCAUACUCUUUGAAUAUGUGGUAGAAGACUUGGUGAACCAAAGUCCAUUGCUUCUCAAAUACAACCCUGUCCACAAGAAAGUUCCUGUCCUUGUUCACAAUGGAAAAUCUAUUUCAGAGUCGUCUGUCAUCCUUGAGUACAUUGAUGAAACAUGGCCAAAUGCUCUUAGAUUUCUGCCUAAGGAUCCCUAUAAAAGGGCCAAAGUUCGAUUCUGGGCAGGCUUUUUUCAGCAACACCUGUAUGAGACCAUGUUCUUGAUUCUCAAAACUGAUGGAGAAACACAGGAGAAAGCCAUCAAAGAACUCUCUGAAAAAUUUGGAAUGCUUGAAGAAGGAAUGAAGGACUUGUUUCCAGAUGGAACUCCUUUUGAUGACAGAAGUAUGGGACUCCUAGACAUUUUACUAUGUUCAACUUUUGGUGCUUAUAAAGCUCAGGAAGAAGUCCUUGGCCUAAAGGUAAUUGAUCCAAAUAAAAACCCACUAAUAUUUUCUUGGUUAAAUGCUCUGAUUGAAGUGCCAGUGGUGAAAGAGUCAUGCCCUCCUUAUGAAAAGGAAUGUUGUUUUCCAAUUUAUGUUUCAUCUUGUGUGGUACUUUUUUUGGGUGACAAAACAAGCAUAUUAGUUGGCCUAUGCUCUCAUUAGCUUCAAA